AUGCGGCUGCUCGACAAUUGGGCGAUUUCAAUGGGUCUCCUCGACAACGGGAAACAAAGUCGUGCCGGUCGUCUGCUGUGGCGUGCCGGCGUUGGCGCGGCUUUUCUGAUGGCAUUCGUCCAUUUGGUCGACCAUAUCACGGGCGGGAUGCCGCUCGACAAUCUGCAUGGAUUUGUGCUGCCCAAAUUCGACAAGGUCGAGAAGGUUUUUAAGAAAAACUUCCACGAUGGAUGGGAAAGAGAGGGGGCAUCUAUUGCUGUCUAUCACAAGGGAGAAUUGGUGGUGGACCUCUCUGGCGGCUGGAUGGACAAAUCGGCAGGGAGGAAAUGGACGGAAGAAACGAGAACCGUCGUUUUUAGCACAACAAAGGCAGUCGGCGCCAUGUGUGUAGCCCUUCUCGUCGACCGUGGCCACCUGAAAUACUCGGAUCUGAUGGUCGAUUUCUGGCCCGAAUUCGGACAGAAUGGCAAGGAGAACAUCACCAUUGAUUGGGUGAUGAGCCACAGGGCCGGUCUGGCGGCUUUUGAUGCGCCAAUCGAUCUGGAGGCAGCCCUGGAUCACGAGCGGAUGGCUGAGAUUAUUGCCAAGCAGACGCCUAACUGGGAACCUGGCACCAAGCAUGGAUACCACGCACUGACCUACGGAUGGCUGGUCGAUCAAAUCGUGCGCAGGGCAGAUCCACUACAUCGAGGAGUCGGGCAAUAUUUCCGGGAAGAAAUCGCCCAAAAACAUAACAUCGACUUCCACCUCGGCCUCCCUCCAAGCGAAGAGCAUACCGUAUCCCGGUUGACGCUCCCCUCCACCGCGCAUUUGCUGAAGGAAAUUGUGCACGAUCCAAGGGUACUAAUCGUGCUCGCCAUCUUCCACCUUCGCCCACCUGGCUCAAUUGGGCGAAAAGUACGGGAAAAUCCCCAAUGGUUCAAGCUCGAACAGGAAGUGAACACGUUCAACGCCCCCGAACUCCACCAAAUCGAGCAGGUCGCCGCCCUCGGCAUCACCAAGGCGCGCGAUUUGGGGCGGCUUUUUGCCCUGUUUUUGAGGGGUGAUAUUGUGAAUAAGGAGAUGAUCAAGCUGUUCGCCGAGCCACAAAUUGAUGAGGGAAUCGACCAGGUUGUCAUGGUGCCUAUGCCAAAGGGACAUGGAUUUUUGUACGAGCGGCAUCCACUUCUGGGGCGCAAAUGGCUCGUCGGUCACCCGGGCUACGGUGGCAGUACGGUAAUGAUGGACACCGAAGAAGAGGUGGUAAUCGCCUACGUCAGCAAUGGCCUCAAAACCGGCAUGGGCGAGCUGACGCGGACGUACAGGCUAUUAAGAAAUGCUGUCUUCGAAUGCAUCCAGCGUGACAAAAAUAUC